AAAGGAGCCUGGAGAUAAGAUCCGGCUAUGUCAUCUGAUGUUGAUUGACCCCUUUGGCCUUAUUUGGUGAAGAUUUAAAGACAUUAGUAAUUUUGCAUCAUUCCUGAGGUUCCCAUCAUCAGAAUACGUUUCCUGAUCCAACUGUUGUAUCCAUGAGAAAAUGCAGUUGGAAUUCACGUUCAAUAGAAGUAUCAAUUAAUGUGACAGUCAAUCCUUUUAGACUCAAUGGAACAUCAACUUGCACCUUUUCUUUCUGAAAUACCUCCGGCAGUGCCAAUUAUCAAUGGAGAUCCCAUGUACCCUAUGGAGAAUUACCUUCUGGACCCCAACGCCAUAUCAGCAUAUCCUAAUUAUUCACACACCAUGAAUCAACCCAAGAUAUGUAAUACCUGGCCUUCUUGUCCCCAAUACUUGACUCAAAUUGUAAUCGUUCAAGUUAACCCUGGAGAGGUCCUUACGAUAAAAGCUGAUGAUGGGUCCUUUCAGCACAUUCAAGGACCAGCAGACGUACCUCUGAUAGCACCAACCGGUAAUUUGCCACCAAUAUACCUUCCUCCUGGUUACAUAUCUCAGGUGGUGGAUGAAAAUGGAAUUCAAAAAAUCAUCGUUGUGCCUCAGACACUUGACUACCACAUGCCCCUGACUGCUCCUGUGCAGCAGCUCUCACCCUUCAUAGCACCGCUACCGCUGACAUUCCCUCAGGCCUCUCAACUUAUGUAUCCCCCAGUUCACGGGGAACUCCCAAUACCUUACUUCCAAGAAGCUGCUCCGCAGCAGAUGCCACCACCUCUAGCACUACCACCACCACCGCUGCGACCACCACCAGCAACAUUUAUAUACCAGGAGCAUCAUGAAACCUAUACUCAUGGAAGAGUAAAUCAUAACCAGUUUCAUGAGAGGACUGUUAAAAUGGGAGAAUAUUCAAAGAAGAAAAUGAGAGAUCAUCAAUUUGGUGAACAGAAGACUAGCUCCAUGUUUAAUGACACUUCUUUGCUUCUGAACAAAGUCAUUGACAUAUCCGGUACUUUUAGUCCUCUUUGUCCUUACACUGUGGUGGAUGCUCCUCCGGGAAUUCACAUUGAUAACAAUGCUUCAAGCACUUGCUCUCUGAAUACUGUCUUAAGCACUUGCACCAUUGACAAUACUCCAAAAACCUACAUUGCCGACACUCUUCCAGACAUUAACACUACUGACACAAUCACUAGUUCCUCUGAACAUACCCCUAGCACUUCUACCUCAAACGCUACUCUUUGCUCCGACAUCAUUAAUAGUGCUCCAGGUCCUUCCAGAAUUGCUCAGGAUCCAGUCACCUCUGAUGGAACUCAAAAGUCAUCAAAUACCGAGAGUACUCCAAGCUAUAUUUCUGAGAGUGAUCGCAACAUUUUCAUCUCUGAAAACACUCAUCUCCCUGCUUCAAUUAAUAAUGUGUUCAGACCUUCUGCUGCUGCCAGCAUUUCCAAUAAUACCAGGACUUAUACUGAAGAUAAUCAUGGAAAGAGAGAGAAUAAUGUGGAAGGUGAAGACAAUAAGCAGAUAUCAGGUGGAAAACAAAGGAAGAAUGAGUCGACAAAUGCCGUACUACAAGAAAACAAUACAGAAUACAGAGCACAGCCCUGCUGUUCCAACCUUGAAAAGCCUGUGGUUUCUAAUAUCCAAACAAGAUCUGCUACUAUUUCAUGGAAUCUGACCUGUACUGAAAAAUGUGAUCAUAUUAAUUCUCCUGUGACAUUUGAAGUGGCACUGUCUAGCAAUGGUAAAAAUGGAUUCUAUAAAAACAUUUAUAAUGGUAAUCAGGGUACUGUGGCCCUACAUCAUCUCCAGCCCUGCACAGUCUACUUUUUAAGAGUUACAACCAUAAGAGACACAGAGCACAGAAAUGUGUCUGAAGUGGUUAGUUUCACAACACGUGGCUGUGAACCAGACCCUCCACUUGCACCUAAACUAAUUAGCAGAACCAAGAACAGCCUGAAUCUGCAGUGGAAAGGUUCCAAAGAUAAUGGAUCCAAAAUAAGCAGCUUUCUUUUGGAAUGGGAUGAGGGUAAAGGUGAAGAGUUCAAAAGUUGCUACAGUGGUCCCACUAAACAGCACAAGAUCUUUAAACUGACCGCUUCUACGAAGUAUGCAUUCAGAUUAGCUGCCAAAAAUCACUUCGGCUCCAGUAAUUACAGUGAAAUAGCCGUCUUCUACACAUCAGGAAACACACCUCCGGCACCGCUGCCUCCUAAAUUGAAAGAAGCAGGAGUCUAUAGUUUGUCACUGGAAUGGUGUGCCCCAACAAACCCAAACCCAAAUGACACUCUUACUUAUGUCCUCGAGAUGGAGGAACCAAGAUCUGGAUUGGGUUUUAAACCUAAAUACAAUGGAGAAGAUCUCUCAUGCAUUGUAAAAAAUCUUCAGAGAAAUACUACAUACAAGUUUCGGAUUUUUGCCUACAAUCUGGAAGGAAGAAGCAACCCCAGUGGAGAAGUAAAAUAUUCUACUUGUCCAGCCAAGCCUGGAUACCCUAAAAAACCAUAUGUAGUGGGAGCAAUCCAUGCACGCCAAGUAAAAAUUGGCUGGGACUCCCCCAAAGACAAUGGUGGAAUGCACAUUUCAAGUUACAGUUUAGAAGUCAGUGAAAAUUCAGAUGGUGCAAAUCUUUGGAAGAUAAUCUACAAUGGCACUCUCCAGGAAUUUCUGUAUGAUGGCCUCCAACCAGGAACCACAUAUAAACUGAGAGUCUUUUGCACUUCACCUGUAGGCCAAAGCCAGCCUUCUGAUAUAUUGACAAUUCAGACACCCACUCUACCUCCUGCGUCUUGUCGCUCACUGCCCUUAAACAGUAAAACCAAGUGUAAAGACAUAAACCUUCUCCUUGACAAUCGCUCCGUUAAUGGGAACUUGGAAACAGUCAUGCGUGGCAAAAAAGCAAAAGGUCCCCGGAAUGACAGAAAGGAGUACUCUGGUUCCAAAAAGAAAUGUACACUUGGAUCUCAUUCUAUGAAGUGUGGAACUGUACCAGCCCGGCACCCUCCUUCUCAGUGUGGUACACCUGUGCUAACCUGCAAGGGUCCAACCUGUGUUGUUGUCAGUUGGGAGAUUCCUAAAUGCAAUGGUGCUGAAAUCACCGAUUACCGACUGCAGUGGGGACAAGUUGAAGAUUCCAUGCAUUUGAUUUACACUGGCCCUUGUUUGCGGUAUGAAGUCAAAGGCCUUAUUCCAGCAACCACUUAUUUUUGCAGAGUCCAGGCUGUCAAUAUAGUAGGGGUUGGAAUGUUUGGAGGAACUGGAAAAGUAACUACACCGGGAACUGUACCUGCCAUAGUUCCAAUGUUACAAGAAGUUGAAGACAAAGUUCCUGCCAAACUAUCUUCAUCUUGCAUAGCUAUCCGAUGGGAGGAGCCAGACUGCCAUGGUUCUCCCAUCACUGGAUAUAACAUCGAAUAUGGAGAUAAAAAAAUCUUGACUGUUGAUAGAGUAACAGAGUAUGUUCUGAAAAAUCUACAGCCUAAUACUACAUACAGAUUUUCUGUCAUUUACCAUGGGCCUGAUCUGACUCACAAAGUGCAAAAAUUGAGUGAAUAUACACAAUACAAGUUUAAAAUCCAGGCAUGUAAUGAAGCUGGUGAGGGACCACAGUCUGAUGUCUACACUUUCACUACAACAAAAACCCCACCUGGUGCUCUUAAAGCCCCUAAAUUACUUCCACUAAAAAGCAACAGUUGUGAGAUCAAAUGGGAUUCGUUGGAGCCAAUUAAAGGUGAUCCCAUUGUUUACUGUCUUCAAGUCGUCACUGGAAAGAAAGCUGAACAGAUUUACAAAGGACCGAAUACCACCUUUUCCUUUUCCAACUAUCUUGCAAAUUCAAGAUAUCGCUUCAAGGUCUGUGCCGGACGCCAAUAUGAAAAUUCUGAUGGCAUGCAAGAGCUCUGGGGGCCAUAUAGCUCCAGCUCACUUUUGUCAACUUAUAAGCAUCAGUCUGGGCAUGGCAAAGGGAGUGGAGGGAAAGGAAGAGGGAACCACAAUGACAAUGAAAAGUACAAGACAGAAAUGAGUGAUGAUACCUUUGUUUUAACCCUUCUGAUAGGAUUUGCACUUAUUGCCAUUUUGUGUGCUGUUGCAAUUCAGUACUUCCUGAUCAACUAG